CCAAUAGCCGAUGAUAAGAUAAAAAAUCAAUGUGCUCUAGUGGCGUCGUUAAAUAAAACAAACUUUACUUUACUUUUGUCAGUUUUCAUUUGUCCUUAACCAACAUAAUGCCGAGUACUUGUGGCAUUGUCAGUUGUAAUGCUCGCUAUGGGAGAGAUGAUAAACGUUUUUUUUAGGCUUCCUAGCAUUAUCACGCAUCAGGGUGAAAACACUAAAGAAGCAAGUGAAAGACGAAGGAGGCUUUGGCUUUCAGCUAUAAACCGAUCGGACCUAGGAGAGAAAACACUGGAUCAUUUCAGAGUUUGUUCUGAUCAUUUUUUGUCUGGAAAUCCAUCAAGUCUGUAUGAUGACACAAAUCCUGACUGGAUUCCAACGAUAAAUCUGGGAUAUGAACACUCAACAGAUCACGGUCACAGAUACGCUCGCAUUCAAAAUAGAAGGAAACAAAGCAGAAGAAGGAAGCAGCUAUGACCCUUGUUAAUCUGAGUUCGUCACUCGCAGAAGGCACAGAUUUGACAAGUCCAAAUUCUAUUCUCGAUAUGAGCGAGGAAAUAACAGAACUGUCAGAUUCAGAAAAAUUGGAAGGGGCAAUGUCACACAUUUCUGAACUGAAGGUAGAAAAUGAAAAGUUGCGCGAUGAAGUGAUAUGCUUGAAGAAAUUAGUUUCUAAACUAAAAUCAAAUGUGCCAGAAGAUUUGGAAAAUGAUGACAAUAACGUCAAAUAUUUUACUGGAUUGUCAAGCUUCGUUACCCUUAUGGCUUUAUUUAAUUUAAUGAAACCAGAAAUAUCUGAUAGCAAGAGGUCUUCUUUAACACCAUUUCAAAAAGUUAUUAUAACACUUAUGAGGCUUAGACUAAAUCUGUCUGUCACAGAUCUCAGUUAUCGGUUUGGUGUGUGUGCAACCACAAUUUCAAAGGUGUUUUUAGACACAAUUAAUGUUAUGUAUAUAAGACUCCAACCGUUAGUGCGCUGGCCAGAGAGGGAUGAACUUUAUGAAACAAUGCCUAUGGUGUUCAGAAAAUAUUUUGGUCAUAAAAUAACAGUAAUUAUUGAUUGUUUUGAAGUUUUUGUUGAUAGACCAUCAAAUAUGACGGCUCGUGCCCAAACAUGGUCAAAUUAUAAGCACCAUAAUACUGCCAAAUAUUUGAUCGGCAUAACGCCUCAAGGAACUGUUAGUUUUAUAUCUGAAGGAUGGGGAGGAAGAGUUAGUGAUAAACAUUUGACUGCCAACUCCAAUUUUGUUUCAAAGUUAAUUCAUGGUGAUGUAGUUCUGGCAGACCGUGGAUUUGAAAUUCAAGAACUGGUAGCUGUUGCUGGAGCUGAAGUCAAAUACCCAGUAUUUAUGCGUGGGAAAACUCAACUGACUGCUGCCGAGGUUGAAUCAACUAGGAAAAUAGCGAAUGUUAGAAUUCAUGUUGAACGUGUCAUAGGCUGUGUCAGACAAAAAUGUACAAUACUUGGUGGAACAUGUCCUGUUGAUUAUCUUAUAACAAAAACUGACAGUUCAAACCCAGUUUUGGAUAAAAUUGUGUUUGCGUGUUGUGCCCUUACAAAUAUGUGCUCAUCAGUUGUUCAAUUUGACUGAAGAAUGAAACUCCCAUCACACACCUGUUUUAUUGGGACUUUUAUAAUUAGCAUAUGAAUAACCCUGGAAAAAGUAUAUUCAAAACAGAUUCACUUGAAAAAUAAUUAUCUUCAAAAAGAACUCUAUAUAUUAACAAAAAUAAUACUCCAAACAUGUUUGCAGUUUAUUACUAGUCACUGUUGAGAAUAUUGGUAAUUUUCAGGCAUUGAUUAGUGAAUAACCCUAGCUGCACCGAUGAGCCCUGGGAGGGGCGAAACAUGUUAAUGAACUAGGUAAUGGUGCAAGAGAUAUUGGUCGCCUAGUACUUGUGCGCAAAAGUUUUCUAAAAAUAAAACAAACCAGUUAUUUGGACAGGUGACAAUGAUGGUGGACAAGUAGAUUUCUAGAUGUACUUGUUCAGUGGACUAGUGAAACAUUUUGCUUGUUUCUAUAGCUGGCAAGGUAUAUUUUAUAUGCACCAUCCCACAGACAGGAUAGCACAUACCACAACGUUUGAUAUACCAGUCGUGGUGCACUGGCUGGAACACGAAAUAGCCCAAUGUACCCACAUACUGUGAUCGAUCCCACACCCAACCAUGCACCAGAUAAACACUUUACCACUGGACUAUGUCCCAGACCCUAUGUAACAAAGUAAUGACGGCUAUAUAGAUGCUGACAAAAUAACUAAUCGCUAAAAAAAGUGUUGUUAAAUUAUAAUCAUCAUAACUGAAUUUAACUUGCAAUAUUGAGGCUUGUAAUUUUGUUUUUCACUUUCUGACUAUGUACACGUUUCGCCCUCCCAGGGCUCAUCAGUGCAGCUUGGGUUUCAUAUCAGUUGGUAUUGAUAAGAAAACUGCAGACGUGGUUUUUGUGAGUUCGUCAUAAUUUGUAAUAAGUACAUAUAUAGUUCACAUUGUUUUAUAAUUAAAUUAAUGUUCAUAAAUCCAUCAUCAGUGAUAAUAAAUACCUGUA